GACGUGUAUCUAUAUAUAUAUAGCUACGUUGUGCAUCUUCUCCGUCUGCGACCAAAUAACCUAAACUGCGAACCAGAGCGAAACGCCUAAGGUCCCGUAACUUCAAUAAAAAUGAAGGUGGUCGCCGCGUUCUUGCUCGCUGUUUUGGGUGGCAAAGCCUCCCCUACAGCUGAAAACAUCAAGGACAUUCUCGGAUCAGUUGGUGCCGAGGCUAGUGAGGAGGAGAUUGAACUUCUCUUGAAAGAAGUCAAAGGCAAGGACAUUACUGAACUGAUUGCAGCUGGUCGGGAGAAGCUGGCUUCAGUGCCCUCUGGUGGUGGCGUGGCUGUGGCUGCUGCUCCAGCUGCUGGAGGUGGUGGCGCUGCAGCUCCUGCAGCCGAGGAGAAGAAAGAAGAGAAGAAGGAAGAGAAGGAGGAAUCCGAUGAUGACAUGGGAUUCAGUCUGUUCGACUAAGGGCGCUUGUUCGCUCUCCGGUUUGGUUUGUCGUUUUCAUGUUUGCAUUGUCAAUCAAUCCUUUUUACUUUUUUAGUUUAUAGUCAGGACAUGUGGGUUCUUGAAUCUUGUCUGAUUUCUCCAAGAGAUUUUUUGGUUUAGAUGUGAUGCAAAUAUGUUGAGCGUUACUCGAAACAUCUCCCUCCCUAUUUACUCGGAAUUCCGGUAAUCGCUUCAUUAUACUUUGGUCCCUUA